AUGCGGAUGUCGCUGCCGAUUUCCGCACUUCUCCUCAUGUCGUCCGUCGUUUCGAGAGCGCCAAUAAUGCACGAGAUCACCAAGGACGCGAACUUGGAGAGACUCAACAAUUGUGGCUUCGCCAACAAUCGUGAGUCGCUCAAAAGUCUCCGUAAUUUAUAAAUUCGUUGCCAGCAUUGAAGGCCAGCCGGACCAGUGCUCACGAUGCUCCGUGGCUCGUUCGAUUCGAGACGCAAAGCAUGAAUCUUGCGUUGUUUCAAGGUGUCAUCAUCUCCAAGCGACACAUUUUGGCCGAUGGAAGUUUGGCGCGCUUCCUCAUUCCCGGUCAGUACAACGAAACAAAGAUGGCCGACGAUUUUACGAACGGGUAGGCGCUCUGCAAUCGAGCUUUCCCGCCGCGAACGGACAAUAUUUCAGAGUGAUGCCGUACACUGCUGACAACAUCAAGGCCGACGUUAAAAUCAAAGUGCAGGAGUGCGUCGACGCCGAUUGCACAACGACGAAAACCGAAGCGUAUGCGAUUGCAAACGUGAGUUCAGAAGUGUUGAGCGGAAUUCCGUCUUCCGUCUUCCGUUUUCCGUCUUCCGUGGAUUUUUUUGUUCCGUCUUCCGUCUUCCGUGGUUUUUUUUGUUCCGUCUUCCGUCUUCCGUGGAUUUAUUUGUUCCGUCUUCCGUCUUCCGUCUCCCGGGAUUUUUUUUUCUUCCCGUAAAAUAGCUUUUCAGAAGCCAUUUACUAGCCCCGAAGAACGCGAAUUUCCACGCGCAGUGACCCAGAUCCAAAAUUUUUGUUGUUUAGUUAUUUUUUUCAAAAAAAAAAACCGGAAAACAAGGUUCUGCAUUGACGAUUUUUCGUUCCGUCUUCCGUCUUCCGUUUUCCGUGUUCCGUAAAAAAAUUUUUUCCGUCUGCCGUCUGCCGUCUUCCGGAUUUCAAAAUUCCAUUUCCGCUCAACUCUGGAGUUGAGUAUCGAAAAGGGGCAAAGUUUCGCUUGCAGGCGCACAUUUCUUGUCGCUUUUUGAAAGACCUAAAUAAUGGUCUAAGAAAUCAGAACAUCAUACGUUUUGCAGCUCCUCAUGCUUGCUCGCAGCCCAGAACCGUGGACCCUGAUCAUGAUCCUUGAAGUGGACAGAGACCUGAACAACGUGCCGAUCUGUAUGUCGUCCAACUGGAGAGUCAGCGAGUACGAGGAGUACACGACGAUGCGAGUCUGGAAUCUGACAGAGUCGGACACGUCAACGGUUUGAAUUUGAGUCUGCCCCGCAACGAAGAAUCUCUUUCAGGGCAUCGAGUACUGCCCGUUUUCUCAAUUGGGCUUGUGCACCGACGAGAAUAGUCUGUUGAAUCGAAGAGAAAACGGGCAGGAUUACGGAGCGGAAACUGGUGUGCCACUGGUGACCAACAGGGCCGGUAGAGCGACGAUGGUGGCGAUCUCGAAGGAUUCAUGUUUGUUUCUUGUUCUUCUGUUCUAUACAGUAUACUACACGGUCUGCUCAGAGCUGAAAAUGGGCGCGCAAGUGCGCCCCGCCCAAUAGAGCGAUACAUUGGCGCGAAAUUCAAAUUUUAACAGCCAAAUUUGUGUUUUUUGCGAGAUCAGCCACGAAAAAUCGAUAAUUUCUCAUUUGUCUCUCGAUAGACCGAUUGUAUAGGCUAUUACAAAUUUUUUAAGCGAAAGAGCGUCAAAUUCGGUCAAUUCACAAAUCACAUUUAUCCGUUUGAAGGUUUUUGGCUAAAACUGCGCGAAUUUCAGUUGCUUUUCGGUAGUUUUCGCGGUUCGAGCGCUCAAAAUGCUUGUAUUUACGUGAUUUAUCAUUCUCAAAACCAAUUCUGUCGGAAAACGGUCAAGAAAGCGCAAAAUGAAAAGUGCGGUUUUUAGGCGGCGAAGGCGAAAAAGCGAAAUCCGCGAAAAUGCGCCAAAACGUCAUUAAUUCUGAGAAUUAGUGUGUUUUCAUGUCGCGCAAUCAUUUUUCAUCGCCUUUGACCACAAAAAUCCGAAAAAAAAACCUGCUCAAUUCAUGAAAACGCCAUUUGGCAGCCGAGGCCACGCGCCCAUAUUGUCAGCUCUGGAGACCGUGUACUCAAAUUCUUUGCCAUCACUCUUUUUGCAGGGUGGUACGAGGAGAAGAAGGAGUUUCGUGUGUUUAUGGACAUGUCGUGGAUAAUCGAGAGCCAUAUUUGUCUGGCUACGGGCAUUUGUCCCCAGUGCGUUUGUCUGACAAUCUCGCAUCAAAAGAGUGCCACGUUUCAGCGAUUUCGUCUGGGACUGGCCGCCCGGUCCGUGGCCAGAGCAGCGGCCCGUCGACAACGAUUCGCACGACGACGAAAUUGCGGAGACCGAAGAGGAUUACCCGGAGAACUUUUUGAGUUAUUUGGCGCCGCUGGAGAGGGACGAAGAAGAGAAUGGUGCGCAGCGAACGGCCAUCGUCAAACUCUCCACGCUCAUUUGUCUUGUGUUUGUAAUCUUUUGA